AUGUCGGGAGUCGUGCCUAUAUAUCUUGGUCAGCAGAUGCUGCACGAUGCUCUGGAUAUGUGCGAUCAGCUGGAAAUUGAUCAGGGCAAGAACGAGACCAUUGAUCUGUUACGUGACAAGACGAAUGCGCUACUACAAGCCGACCUAGAGGAGCGUGAAAGAGCUCGAGAGGAAGUGGAAGAGUCACAAGACGCUUCUGAAGCAGAAGAUGAAGGAGAAGAUGGAGGGAUCUGGCUCGAAGAUGCCGUCGAGGAUGCUAUGAUGAGAAAUGUGCUAGGAGUCGGCAAGAACAUCAAGAAGGCGCGUCCAUAUGGCAGCAACGGAGCUUUCGAUAUAGUAAUUGACGGAGCAUCUACGAUGAUGUUCUCCUGCUUCCUUCCAUUGCUCAGUGCCAUAUCGUGCCUCCUGGAAAUGUGGGACCGUUCUCUCCAAUACGAGAAGGAAGCAGAACUUGACAAUUCGUUUAUCCUGAUCUCGUUCGUGACGCUGAAGAUCGUCGCCAGCCUGAUACCGUCAUUUUCUGUACCACAAAGCUGCCACGUGAAUGCAAUUUCUGUCGUUGAAGCACUCUUCUGCGACUGUGGUCGUGAAGGUGAACGCUUCAACACCGGGAUGCCUGCAGUUCUGGCGCGACUGAUUGGUCAAACAUACGGCCCGCUCCUAGCUCCCGGGCGAACACAGCUGUGA